AUGGCACUUUUUGUAGAUUUUAACUUUUCCAGUUCCACCACCGUGCUGGCUGCUGCUGUUCUCUUGCUUGUUCUUUAUCUCCUAUCUGUCAAUUACAUUUCUAAGGAAAGAGGGAAGGAACCCCCAGGACCGAGACCUCUGCCUCUGCUAGGCAACCUGUUGCAAAUUGACCUCAAGAGACCCUACAAAACUCUGCAUGAGCUUUCAAAGACAUAUGGGUCAGUAUUUACAGUUUAUUUAGGAACCAACAAGGUUGUGGUCUUGGCUGGGUACGAAGCAGUCAGAGAGGCACUGGUUAACUAUGCAGUGGAGUUUGGAGAGCGCAAUGUCUCCCCGAUAUUUAAGGACCUGAACAGAGGUCAUGGAAUUUUGUUUGCAAAUGGAGAAUCGUGGAAAGAGCUGAGACGUUUUGCCCUCGCCACCCUCAAAGACUUUGGGAUGGGCAAAAGACUUACUCAGGGUAAAAUCCUGGAGGAGUGUGGCUAUCUGAUUCAAGUGAUUGAAGAUCAUAAAGGAAAUGCUUUUGAUACAGCUCUUCCAAUAAAUUAUGCAACAGCCAACAUUAUCUCCUCUAUUGUGUUCGGAAGCAGAUUUGACUACGGUGACCCUGUAUUCAAGAACAUGGUGAAGCGAGCCAAUCAAACCAUAUGUGUCUCAGGUUCUGCAUCAGUCCAGCUUUUUAACAUGUUUCCUCGGCUGUUCGGUUGGAUAAAAAAUCGCCAGGUGGUGUUAAAAAAUGUUGAGAUGAAUGUCAGAGAUAUAAAGAAUUUAAUUAAGCAUCUGAAAGAGACUCUGGAGCCUGGACUGUGCCGAGGGCUUGUGGACUGUUUUCUGAUUCGGAAACAGAAAGAAGAAGACUCCUGUGUUUUGGAUACUCACUACAAUGAGGAGAACUUGACAUUCACAGUGAGCAACCUGUUUGCUGCUGGCACUGACACCACAGCAGCCACACUGAGAUGGGGUUUGCUGUUAAUGGCUAAAUACCCACACAUACAGGAGCAGGUCCACGAGGAGCUGAGCCGGGUAGUAGGAAGCCGACAAGUUUGUGUAGAUGACCGGAAAAACCUGCCGUACACUGAUGCAGUCAUUCACGAGACUCAGAGACUGGCGAAUAUUGUCCCCAUGUCUGUUCCUCACCAAACUAGCCAAGAUGUCACCUUCAAGGGAUACUUUAUCAAAAAGGGAACUAUUGUGUUUCCCCUUCUCACCUCUGUCCUGUAUGAUGAGAGUGAAUGGGAGAGCCCACACACUUUUAACCCUUCACAUUUUCUGGACAAAAAGGGUCAAUUUGUCAGGAGAGAUGCCUUCAUGCCCUUUUCUGCAGGUCGCAGGAUGUGUCUCGGAGAAGGUCUGGCUAAGAUGGAGCUCUUCCUCUUCUUCACCUCCCUCAUUCAGCGCUUUCGUUUCACUCCUCCACCUGGAAUCACAGAGGAUGAACUGGAUCUCACACCAGCUGUGGGAUUCACCACCCCUCCUUCAUCUCAUAUGCUGUGUGCUGUCAGUCGCCAGAAACAGAUGUCAGCAUUCUGAACAACAGACAAAGGCAGAUGUCAAGGAAACUGAUUUUUCUGACUACUUUUUAGUUUUACUCCCUACAGUUUCAAACAAAUAUCUGUACUUUCUACUUAUUACGUUUUCAAAACAAGCUCAUUACUUUGGCUGUAAUGCAUUCGGGGGGGAGUUAUUAUCUCGUCACUGCGGACCUUUGUUUGUUUAUUAAUCACCAGUGGAUAAAU